CGACAGAGAAGGACGUGCGCCGCUAGUUAUCGGAAUUUUUUCUUCCUUCCAGUGAAAAAGUUUUGCGCAAAAAGGUAUUUGCCGCUCGUGUUCUAGUGCCAAACUGUCCAAAAAACGAUUAAAAAUGGUGUGGGGCUUUGUGACGUGCGGUCCGAACGAAGCGCUGGUGGUUUCAGGAUGUUGCCAUAUGAAACCGCUGCUGGUCCCCGGUGGUCGAGCAUUUGUGUGGCCUUCGGUCCAGCGGGUUCAACGCAUUUCCCUGAACACCAUGACGCUGCAGGUGGAAAGUCCUACCGUGUACACCAGCCAGGGAGUACCAAUCUCGGUAACCGGUAUCGCGCAGGUUAAAAUCCAGGGACAGAAUGAGGAUAUGCUGCUGACGGCUUGCGAACAGUUUCUGGGUAAAAGUGAAGCGGAAAUACAACAUAUUGCGCUGGUCACCCUGGAAGGUCAUCAGCGAGCCAUUAUGGGUUCGAUGACCGUCGAGGAGAUCUACAAGGACCGGAAGAAGUUUUCCAAGCAGGUGUUCGAAGUCGCUUCGUCCGAUCUGGUCAACAUGGGUAUCACGGUCGUGUCGUACACGCUAAAGGACAUCCGCGACGAGGAGGGCUACCUCAAAAGUCUCGGUAUGGCACGUACUGCCGAGGUGAAGCGCGACGCCCGCAUCGGCGAGGCGGAAGCGCGCUGCGAUGCCACCAUCAAGGAAGCGAUCGCCGAGGAACAGCGGAUGGCUUCCCGCUUUCUGAACGAUACCGAAAUCGCUAAGGCCCAGCGUGACUUUGAGCUGAAGAAGGCCGUCUACGAUGUGGAGGUUCAAACGAAGAAAGCCGAAGCGGAAAUGGCCUACGAACUGCAGGCCGCCAAAACCAAGCAGCGCAUCAAGGAGGAACAGAUGCAGAUUAAGGUCAUCGAACGCACGCAGGAGAUUGCCGUGCAGGAGCAGGAAAUGGCUAGACGCGAGCGGGAGCUGGAAGCUACCAUCAGAAGACCAGCCGAGGCGGAGAAGUUCAAGCUGGAAAAGUUGGCGGAAGCCAAUCGGAACAGAGUGGUGCUGGAAGCGGAGGCAGAAGCUGAAGCGAUUAAAAUCCGCGGAGAAGCGGAAGCCUUUGCCAUUGCUGCCAAGUCCAAAGCCGAAGCCGAACAGAUGGCCAAGAAGGCAGAAGCAUGGCGCGAAUAUCGUGAAGCAGCUAUGGUAGAUAUGCUGUUGGAAACUUUGCCAAAGGUUGCAGCAGAGGUAGCAGCUCCAUUGUCCCAGGCCAAGAAGAUUACGAUGGUUUCGAGCGGAACGGGUGAAGUUGGUGCGGCAAAGCUAACUGGCGAAGUGUUGCAGAUCGUCAACAAGAUACCGGAGCUGGUCAAGUCGAUUACUGGCGUGGACAUUUCGCGGGUCAUCUACGACUCUCCUUCGGAUGAUUUUCUAGAAUGACAUCCUGAAGUGAUUGUUUAGUAUUUUAACGAAACUCUUUCCAAAUAACAUAUUAUUUUGCCAACGACUGUCCAUUCCCGUGUAGUAGUUCUGAGCUAGCUUUACCUGUUAUAAUGGGACCAUUUGACGAAACUGCCGUAUGCCGGAAUAAAUUUGCCAAUAGCCCACCAGACAUAGGUUACACAAGUUACACUUUCGCUCUCCCACUUGACACAACACACUUCGGAAUAUAAUUUCGGUACACGCUGGUUAGAACCCCAGACAGGCUGGCGAUCUGCUGCUAGUUUUGUGAGCCAAGAACAUUUCCGACCAACAACCGGCUACCGCGCACAGACGAGCAGUAAUCGUACCAGCCGAUGCAGUAAGUUGCACACUGAACGGACCUGUCUACACCACACUGACUUCCCUCAGUAAAUAGGAUGUUUCGAUUCUGUUGUGCUCGGUUUGAUAUUUUAUUGUUGCGUUGGUAAGUUCACUAUUUUGUUGAUUCCUUAUGUUGUUCUACCUUUAUCAGGAUAUUAUUAUAUUUUAUAUUGGUUGUAUUAUUAUUAUGUUCUCGUGUCAAAUGUGGGUUUUAAACAUUGUAACUUUCAGGAUUUGAUAUUAAGUUUCUCGCUUCACGAAGGAGUUACGUUCAAUUAAUUUAGUUAAGCUAUGUAUGAAGUUCUUUUAAAGCGGGUCAGCUUCACAACUACAUUAAAUAUAUAUUGUUCUAUUAGAAAAACUUUAACCGUGUGACUUCACUGCCACUGCGUACAAUAUUUCGAACAAAUAACGAAUUCAUAAACUUCGAUCAACAAAAGCACAAAAUCUUUUCACUUUCUUCCUAUAUGCUUUUGCACUCGACCAAAGCUGACCCGAUUAUUUCUGUAAACUGCCUUUAGGAUCCGUAGGGAAGUCGUGGUUCGAACCAAUCACACCCAGUGCAUAAAUUUAAAAAAAAAAAAGAAACAGCAACAGACCAUUCUCAUAUGCAAUAAAUAAUAAGCCUUUCUGGGCGUGAAAAGUGUGUCCACAGUCCAUCCACUAGUUUGACAUUUACUCUAACGAUUUCUUUCUACCACAUCUAGUCUAAGGCUAGUCUAUUAUAUAGUAAGAAAAUAUAUUGAGAUAUUAAAUUGGGUUCCGGAGAGCGUAACAAAUCAAAUGAUUGCUAGUAGCUUCGAUUGUUGUAUGAGUCAUUGACUCAAACCACAGUCGCAGUUUAUAGCAAUCGAAGAUGUAUUUUUAAGGUGCAAACCUAUUGUUCAAAAAACCUCGGCAGCUCCUUCUAAAUAAUGCAUUUAACAGAUAUUUUUCGUCAAAAAGAAAGCUUAAAUCUGAACGUCGUAGUAUGGAAUUAGAAUGAUAAAAUCUCAAACAACAAAACAAAGCCAUUUUAGUAGGUGUAGUCGGUGAAAAACCUCCCCAUUCCCGUGAUGAUGUUGUGGUCAAAAGUAUGUAGGCAUCUGCCAUUGUCAAAAGGAAGCUCGUGCAUUGAUAUUUUAUAACCUGAUUGAGAGUUAAAACAAUUAGCGGCACUCAUGUAACAAACAAAAUAAAAAUCUAACGUACUAUUUAUCGAAACGCAAAACGAAAGAUACUAUAUUUUGUAAUGGCAUUUCUCGAUUUAAUGUGGGAGUCCAAAAAAAAAGAGCAAAACAAAAACAGAAGUAUAAACAUAGUAAAGGAAACAUUUAGCAAUUACCUACUCUAUUUUCCCGCAUGUAGUGAACAGGCGUUUCGUUGUAGCAUGUAAGCAGUUUAGAGGGGAUCGUAUAUAAUCUUUGUGUUUUCAUCACCAUUACGAACGAAGCGUGCAAAAAUACAAGCAACAUGUAAUUCUCGA